UGGGGGCCCGGAGGGGAGAGUGAGGAGGGCGGGAGGAUUGCGCUCACGAGCCUUUGUGUUUCACUUCUAAUAUCUCACAUAUCAAUAAUUGAGCGCGCGAGCAGACGGACCCCACGCGCUAUGUAUUCUACUGCGCGCGAGCUCGGUAAGGGCCUUGAUCCGCUUUCAGUCGGUUCUUCCACUACGGACUGAGAGGGGAACGAGGGGAAAAACUGUUGUAGUCUUGACUUGAACUGUUUGGAAGGACUUCAUUUUACAGUGAGGACAGGUUUGGAGUGAUUUUGGUUUGGGAUUUGAGCGUGAAGACUGCUGUUAGGUGCGGAGUGAAGUUGGCAUGAUGUUGACGUUGGUGCUAGGCGCAGUGUGGUUAGUGUGCCAUGCAUACGCACAGAACGAGACAGAACCCAUCGUACUGGAGGGGAAAUGCUUGGUCGUGUGCGACUCAAAUCCCACCUCGGACCCCACUGGGACGGCUCUUGGGAUUUCGGUGCGUUCUGGAAGCGCCAAAGUGGCUUUUUCCGUGGUGAGGAACACGAACCACGAGCCGUCGGAGAUGAGCAAUCGAACAAUGGUGAUCUAUUUCGAUCAGGUACUUGUGAACGUUGGUAGAAGUUUCGAUGAGGAAAGGAGCAAUUUCUUCGCCCCGCGCAAAGGGAUAUACAGUUUUAAUUUCCACGUAGUGAAAGUGUAUAAUCGUCAAACGAUCCAGGUGAGCCUGAUGCACAACGGCUGGCCAGUGAUCUCCGCCUUCGCCGGGGAUCAGGACGUCACACGUGAAGCGGCCAGUAACGGCGUCCUGAUUCAAAUGGAGAAAGGUGACCGCGCAUACCUCAAGCUGGAGCGAGGCAACUUGAUGGGCGGCUGGAAGUACUCCACCUUCUCCGGCUUCCUGGUCUUCCCUCUGUAGAGGAGGGGCACGCCACGGAAGGACUAUUGCUCUUUAGCUCGCCGGCUUGUGGGAGAUAGAAGGGGGCGGAUGAGAGAUAGAAUGAUAGCGAGAAUGUAAAGAAAACAUAUAGGAAGAGAAAAUUUAGUGUGGCAGGCUCUCAGUCGCACUCACUUUGCUCUGCUGCUUGACUACAGCUCUGGACAGCCAAAACUUUUUUUUUAUUAUCCUUAUGAUAAUUGAAAUAAGUUGGAAAGAAAGCAUAAAGAGGAUCGUACCCCUUCCCACCCCCCUCUUACUCAUCCCAUCACCAAUCCACCCUCAAAAGUCUUCAGCUGCUUUAAGGAUUGUCCUUCAACAGCCCAGACCCCCAUUUCACACAGGUCACAUCUUUGUAUAUUCUCUCCAUACGUAUACAUACUGUGAGUUUCAAAAUGCCAUUGUCAUUCCUCUCAGUCCAGUCGCCCCUUCUUUCUCUGGCUUCCUCCAGCUCACACUUUCUUGUCUCUGAGAGGGCGUCUUUGCUCUGUCAUGACUGAAGGAUCUCUGAAUCCCCACAAGAAGACUGGAUACUGGAUAUAUAAAUACAUAAAAAAGUUUCUAUAUGAUUAUGAUAUACUCAAUGCCUAAAUGAAUCUGGUCGACUCUCUGUAUUUCUGUAUUUCAGUGUUAAUACUUAGUGAUUGUGUGUGGAUUUUCAGGCUGCUGUCCAACUACCAAUGCUUCUUGUUUUUGUUUCGGUCAAAAAUGUGGCUAAGAUGAAACUAUAUCAGAAAUACUAUCAAGUACAAAGUUUUAUUAUCAUUGAUUGUAAAAUAUAUGUGAAUAUUUAGCAGACAAAAACCUCCCUUUUAAUCAAUUAACCAUUGUUUUUUUCUUUAAUUCAAUAAAAAUUAAAUGGUACUUUU